GCCUUCCCUCCCAGCCAAUGCAGGAGAUCCUUGCUGUCCUAGUCCCUCCCCUGCCAGGAGCGCCUGCCGGAAGAUGGCGGCGGCCGCAGAGCUGACGCUGCUGGAGAAAUCCCUGGGGCUGAGUAAAGGGAACAAAUACAGCGCUCAGGGCGAGCGCCAGAUUCCAGUUCUUCAAACAAACAAUGGUCCAAGUCUAACAGGACUGACUACUAUAGCAGCUCAUCUUGUCAAGCAGGCCAACAAAGAAUAUUUGCUUGGGAGCACUGCAGAAGAAAAAGCAAUCGUUCAGCAGUGGUUGGAAUACAGAGUAACUCGAGUAGAUGGACACUCCAAUAAAGACGAUAUCCGCACUCUGUUGAAGGAUCUUAAUUCAUAUCUUGAAGAUAAAGUCUACCUUACAGGAUAUAACUUUACCUUAGCAGAUAUCCUAUUGUACUAUGGACUUCAUCGCUUUAUAGUUGACCUGACAGUUCAAGAAAAGGAGAAAUAUCUUAAUGUGUCUCGCUGGUUUUGUCACAUUCAGCAUUAUCCAGGGAUCAGGCAACAUCUGUCCAUUGUUGUCUUCAUCAAGAACAGACUAUAUACUAAUUCCCACUAGGAGCUAUCCAUGACAUACAGAAGAAUGAUCACAAAUAUUUUAAAUGGAAAGUAUAUUCUGGACCAGAGAAAUAACGUAAAUGGAUACACAGUCAUUCUUUAUUUGCUGAAGUUGGAAUAAACUUAUGUCUGAAUGUUUAUUUGUUCUUCAGUUGAAAUUUUGCAGCUUUUAUAUAAAAAUUCAACUGUCAAAACUUGAGAUCAAGUUAUAAAUUAACCUUUUUUUCAUAGAUGAAAUUUAUUUUAGUAAAACUUGCAAAUCAGUGGCUUAAU